AUGGAUGAUGCAGUCGCGCUGCUCGACAGCCCAAAGAAAGUGUCCCUGCAAUCUCAAGCAGACACACUGCGCGUCGAGUUGAAAGAAUAUGAACGGGACUUCGCCGCAGAACACAAUGGGCGCAAACCCAGCAGGGACGAAAUCAAAGCCAAUCAGAGUAUCGCGGGCAAGUAUCAGCAAUACCAAAACAUUCGCAUGGUGCUGGCCGGAAAGCGCGGGCUUGAAGUGCUGAAGACACCCAAGCGACAGCAGAUGACAAGGACGAGGCAUGGCCGGACAGACAGUGCGAUCAGUCUCACACCUCAUCGACCCCGCAGUAGCUUUACUCCUACAAAGCCACAGAUCCAUCCGAACGACAUCGAUCCAUACGAUCCGCCCUCCUCGAUCUCUCCGAGAGCGUUUCCCAACGCCAUCGGCCCUACGCCGCGCAGAGAUGGCACGGUACUCGGCAUAUUUGACCUGCUCUCCAAUUCGGGCUCACGGGGGAGUUCUCAAGCGACUCCCUCAAGCAGGAAGAGGAAGAUUGAUGCGCUCUACAGAAAUGAGGACCGUCAUGAAGCAGGGCACACGGAAAUUGCGCAGACCCCGAGCCAAAAACUAAAACAGUCAACCAUCAGCAUAGACGGCGCUCUAGGAGUUGCGACUCCGGGCUCGACUAUGGCCACAGGAAAGCGAAAACACUCCAAGACACCGAUCAGCGAGGGCAAGAAGUUCAUGCUGAAUCAUUUCUUUGCAACCCCCAGCGCAGUCAGGUUUGCCGGCGUGAUUGGUGGUGAUGGUGAGGCGACGCCUCCAGCACAAAGCAAGACCCCCUUGCGCGACUUGGUCCUUGGAACUACUCCGACACAGAACAGGUUCGGGGCUCAGACCAGCGUAAACGACGCAACUCCACCAUAUCUGAAGCGCUCCUUCUCAUUCAAAGAACGGCUUCUCUCCGCCUCCGGAGAUCAAAACUCCGCUUCGAGCACCGCUCGACGGAGUCUUAGCCGUAGUCUGCGGCACGGGAAGUUCGCGCCGAAACCGCUGAGCCAGAUUAUAGCGGAUAGACAACAGUCUCAAAACCAGGAGUCGCAGAACCAAAGAAAUGACGAUGGGGACGAAGACGACCUGGAUGCACUGAGGGAAAUGGAAGCCGGCGAGGUCAACAUCCUUGUUGAAGACAGUCAGUUCCUUGACGAAUCCAAUCAAACACUCGACAAGGGGACUCCAGAAGCAGACCAGCCCGGUCCUGCCUGGAAAAAGAAAGGCCAAAAGAGGACAACGAGACGAGUAAUUAUCCGCCCUGUUAGACUUGAACCAGCAGCGCCAGCGAGGCAGAAUCAGAAGCGAAAGACAAAGAUUAUGGUGCAGGAUGACGAAGAGGAUGAAGAGGCCGACGAAGACAAUAACACCGUUUCUCGCAUCGAGGAGACUCAAUUCGUCGACACACCUCCUGCCAGCGAACCCGAGCUCGAAGAUUCAGACCUGGAUUUCCUCGACUACGACACCGAACCAGAAAAUAAGGCCUAUCAAGGCGAUCCCGAUGAGGAAGACAAUUUCCAAUCUAACGAAGAUGGACCCUCGAGAAUCAAGAAGUCUAGAUCGAAGGCCGACCCCUCGCUCAAAAAGUCAAACUCGAUGCCUGUGGAAGACCCCGCCAGGCAGCUUGGGAAGCCUUCAAAAUCCAAGAAAGCCUCGAAGAAUACGGACGCGAAGGAGGAAAUCGGCCGGAUGAUCAACCCCAAUGCAUACUCGCACAUGAACUUCAAAAGCCUGAAGAUCAAGAACAAGAACUCGAAGGCGAAGGGGAGAGGGAGGUUUGGUCGAGGCAGGAGAUGA